AAAGAAAUUUCUGCGCACCUUGUGUGUGUGUGUUGCCUGCCUCGUCUCAACUCAAAUAUGAAAAAUGAAGUGAAGUGAGUUUGUGUGCGUGUUGUGUGUUAUCAUUUCAAAAACAAAUGGCUGAAGAAAAAAUUGACAGCCUCGCUGAGGAAUUUCCUUUGCACAAUAGUGUUUUUAAUAACGAUAUAAAACGCCUUUCCCAACAUCUACAACAACUCACUAACGACGUCUCACUAAAAGACAAACAUGGAAACACCGCCCUCCACUUAUCCGUAAUGCUCGGCCACAAAGAGUGUACCCACCUUCUGCUCGCCCAUGGAGCACCUGUCAAAAUCAAAAACCUCGAAGGUUGGUCCCCCCUAGCCGAGGCCAUUAGCUACGGCGAUCGUCAGACAAUCUCCUCUCUCCUUCGCAAACUAAAACAGCAAUCACGUCAGCAAAUGGAAUCACGUCGAGCAAAUCUAAUCAAUGCUCUGCGCCAAAUGAAGGAUUUUUACAUGGAACUCAAAUGGGAUUUCCAUUCAUGGGUUCCCUUGGUGUCGCGUAUUCUGCCUUCAGACAUUUGUAAAAUCCACAAAUCUGGCUCAUCUAUACGCUUAGAUACGACCUUGGUCGAUUUCACUGAUAUGCGCUGGGAGCGCGGUGAUAUUUCGUUUAUCUUUCGUGGCGAUAAGAGCACCCAUGAGUCAUUGACUGUGCUAGAUAACGAAUUCCAAUGCUAUCAGCGAAUGCGCUACGAAGAGAACGACAUUGAAGAAGAAGUCGAUGUGCUAAUGUCGAGCGAUAUUCUUGCCGCCCAAAUGUCCACCAAAGCCAUACAAUUCUCGCGAGCACAAUCAGGCUGGAUAUUCCGUGAGGAUCGGAAAGAGGUCGUUGGCGGGCAGUACAAUUGUGAUCUAUAUUCGAUCAAUGGUUUGGUACUUAAGUCACGCAAACGACGUGAGCAUUUAUCCACAGAUGAUUUGAAAAAGAAUAAAGCUCUUGUUGAAACUAUAACUAAAGGUCGACGAGCUAGUAUCGAUGCCAAUGGUGAUCUGGGUCGACGAAAUUCAUUACUGCCACCACCAGAAACCACUGUCACUUGGAAUGAAUACAUUUCGGCUGAGGUUGGGAAAUAUCCCAAACUCGGGCGUGAUAUAGUUUUCAAGCAGUCCAACAAGUGUCUGCGAGCAACAGUCGCUAUGAGUAAAGAUUUUCCUCUUAGUGUCGAGAUGUUGUUGAAUGUGUUGGAGGUCAUAGCACCGUUUAAACAUUUCAGUAAGUUGAGAGAAUUUGUAACAUUAAAAUUGCCCAGUGGAUUUCCAGUGAAAAUCGAAAUACCCGUCCUGACGACAGUAUCAGCAAAAAUAACAUUUCAAAAAUUCGAAUUUUGUGAUUACAUAGCACAGGAAUUGUUUGAAAUUCCCAAUCACUAUGUAGAGGAUAAUCGUCGAUUUCCGGACUUAUGACCCCAGCAAGAAGUUGAUCUCAAUAAAAAUGAAUUAAGUGUUACCGAAGAGGAAAACGAAGAUGAGGCAGAAGAAGUGGAGAAUGAUGGAGAGGAAGAAGAUGAAGAUGAUGAGGACGAAGAUGAGUACUUAGAUCCACAGGGUUCAGAUGAAGUAUCUUAGAUGUUGAUAUAAAAAAAAAAAUAAUUAUAUAAUAAAAACUCUCUCAUUCUUUCGUAUAUUCUUCGAAGACCAAAAAAACAUUAUAGCAGCACGUACUUUGUUUUCCCAAAAAAAGAAGUAACAACACAAAACAACUACACCAUACAAACAAACAAUACACGAAACUCUAUUAGACACACCUGCCUAUCACUGACCAGUAUAAGAUUUAUAGAGAGUUUUGCUAGGCAAGACCAAUAUAAGUUUAUUUAACAAAAACAAAAAAAAAAAACUUUAAAAAGAAGAAAAAAAUAUUAUAAGUAUAUAAGUAUUUUACACACUAUUUUAUUCUAUUUCUAUUAAAAUAAAAGUAAACAAAAAGAAAAAAUAAGUGUCAAGGCCGUCAAUUGCCUUCUUUCGCAGAGAAAAAAAUGAAAAGUUUAAAAGAAAUCUGAUUGCCCAUAAUCUUAUGAGUAUAAAAAAUAUAAGUACCCAAAUAUUCACUUGGUAAUGCUAAUUCUUUUAUUUUAUAAGACUGUUUUAAUAUCUAGUAUCGUUAGAUAAAUAAGAUAGAUCUUACAUUGUACGUAAAAGCAUUAGAAUUACCAAGUGAUUGUGUACCAAAUUACAUAUUCCCAAUAAGACACAUAUAAAAAAAAAAAUACACAAAACGUGUCAAUUAUUACACAGUUAUAUUGCAAAAUAUUAUUUCAUUUCAUUCAUAUUAUAUAUUUAUUUGUUUAUUUUUACUGUGUAAACACAAUUUCCCAAAUAAUAAAUAAGUAAGAAAAAAAAAAUGUAAAAUAAAAUACAUACAAAAGAUACAUAUAUAAAAUAAUUUACUGUCCAUAUCUAUUAUAGAACUACUAUUUUUCCUUUGCCACUAUCUCUAUCGCUAAAUAUCAUUAUUAUUAUUAUAUUUGAAAUUAUGUAUACCUAAAAAACUUCUACAAAAUACUUCAUCUACACACUUUGUUUUAGAAAAAAAAAAACAAAAAUAAAUAAAUAAUAAAUAAAGACAAUGAACUUUAUUAAUGUUCAGUAAAGAAAAAAAAUAGAUAAAAAACAAAAAUAAACAUCCCAUUCUACAUUUUUAGGACAAAAAAAGAACAAAACAAAAACUAUAUAAACAUUGUAUUUAAGAGAGUAAUGUAUUUGUAUUUAUUUGUUAAACAAACAACAAAAAACACACGUUCCAUUUUAGUUGAAAAUUAAAUUUAAAAAAUAAAAAAAAAAAUUACAGAAAAAAAAUUAUUUGUUAUUAAAAAGAAAAAAAAAAUUAAAA